AAUAAAUAAAUAAAUAAAUAAAAAGCUUCUGAUCUGAAGAACGUGCCCAUACUUUUCCCAGACUGCAGCAGUAACAACAGGAACUGUGCCGCUUGGCUAAUGAGUUUAUCGCUAAGUGUAACUUUUCAAACGGGGAUGACGUGUUCAUUAGAAAAUGUAUUGUCAGACGCCAAGUCGCUGGUGGAAAGACUUCGCAACCAUGACAAUGCAGCGGAGGUACUUAUCGAACAGACAACGUCCCUUAACAAGAGGGUGGAGGCCAUGAAACAGUAUCAGGAGGAGAUUGAAUCGCUGAACCAGGUGGCCCGGCAUCGGCCCCGUUCCAGCCUCGUCAUGGGCAUCCAGCAGGAAAACCGGCAGAUCCGUGACCUACAGCAGGAAAACAAAGAGUUGAGAACAUCCCUGGAGGAACACCAGUCGGCCAUAGAGCUCAUCAUGACUAAAUACAGGGAGCAGGUCUUCAGACUCCUCAUGGCCAGUAAGAAGGAUGACCCAGCCAUUGUCACCCAAUUAAAGGAGCAGCACACCACUGAAAUGCAAGCGCACAUAGACAAGAUCAACGAGAUGGCUACGGUGAUGAGGAAAGCUAUCGAAGUGGAUGAGGGGAGGUUGUGUGAAGACGAGGAGAGGAUCAAGCAACUAGAGCUGGAGAACAGUGGUCUUCGCGAGCUGCUAGGGAUCAGUCAAGAGGCCUUCCUAGUUCUGACGAGAGAGGAGGUCUCGGAUAGCACAUCCCUGUCUGCCCUGUUGACCAGCGCCGACAUCAGCCUGCGGAAGAGUUAGGCCCACACCAACACUAGCUUGAAGAGACUGUGUGUGUGUGUGUGUGUGUGUGUGUGUGUGUGUGUGUGUGUGUGUGUGUGUGUGUGUGUGUGUGUGUGUGUGUGUGUGUGUGUGUGUGUGUGUGUGUGUGUGUGUGUGUGUGUGUGUGUGUGUGUGUGUAUGUAUAUAUAUAUAUAUAUGCCACCUUGUACAGCCCAUGCCCCCCCAAUCACCUACAGCCACACAGACUCCCAGAGGGCACUCAACAAUGAACGAUGCCCCAGGUCAUACUGCCGCCCACCUGUCACACUACAAUGGAGGUAUACAUUAGGAAGCCUCUGAGACAAAUGGGAAAAUCCUCCAGCGGUGUAGUCUGUCAUGCAUUUUUUGUUUUGGCACGCAUUGUGCUAUCUGAUGAGCCUGUGGGGUUUUAAAGUGUGAAUGCGUUAAAGUGCUGCUGUUGAAUGACAAUAAAACACGUUAAAGUUUG